AUGGAAGCGAAGAUUGGGCAAUUUUUCGAUUCAGUUGGCAGUUUUUUCACCGGUGGAGAUCAAAUUCCUUGGUGUGAUUCCGACAUAGUGUCUGGUUGUGAACGCGAAGUUGCUGAAGCUGAGAAAGGUUCGUCCAAUGAACUUAAAAGUGAAUGCAUCAUGCGUUUGUCUUGGGCCCUUGUUCACUCAAGACGACCAGAAGAUGUACAGCGUGGAAUAGCGAUGCUUGAAGCUUCUUUGGCUGGCCUCAGCAGCCCGCUGCAAGUUAGGGAAAGGCUCUAUCUUCUGGCUGUUGGAUACUACAGAAGUGGGGACUAUUCAAGAAGCAGGCAGCUUGUUGAGCGUUGUUUGGAGAUUGCACCUGACUGGAGACAGGCAUUAACCCUCAAGAAAACGAUUGAGGAUAAAAUCACCAGAGACGGAGUUAUUGGAAUUGGCAUUGCUGUGACUGCUGUUGGCAUUGCUGUGACUGCCGUUGGACUCUUGGCUGGUGGAAUUGCUGCAGCAUUGUCAUCGAGGAAGAAAUGA